AUGGGACCUCCCAGCUUCAGCGAUGGAUCCACCAAACCUGUCCCCAUCAACCCUGACCAGACCUGUGGAGACGGAUGGGUUUGUGAGCACAGAUGGAGACAGAUCAAGAACAUGGUGAUAUUCCGUAAUGUGGUGAACGGACAGCCUCACUCAAACUGGUGGGACAACCAGAGCAACCAGGUCGCCUUCGGACGUGGCAACCGCGGCUUCAUCGUCUUCAACAACGACGACUGGAACCUGGACGUGACCCUGAACACUGGCAUGCCCGGAGGCACCUACUGCGACGUGAUUUCGGGUCAGAAGGAGAACGGCAGUUGCACAGGGAAACAGAUCCAUGUGGGAGGAGACGGUCGUGCCCACUUCAAGAUCAGCAACCACAACGAGGAUCCGUUUGUAGCCAUUCACGCCGAGUCCAAACUCUGA